AUGGAUUUUGUUUCAAUAGGUGGAGUGAUUCAAGAUUUUAGUAGAGGUGUAAGAAUAAAAAGGGAACUAGGUUCUGGAAACAUCAUGAUUACUCAGCACUUUGGAGAUAAAAUUGUAACACCGGGAGAAGAUAUAAGUUUACACUGCAGCGCAACAGGGGAUAGACCACCUCGUUUCAUUUGGGAGAGAGAUGGAGUAGUUAUAUCUUCUAAUACAGAUUCAAGAUACAUCCUAGGCCAAAUGAUGUCCCCAUCAGGCGUGGGUGUUAUAUCCCAUCUCAACAUAACGCGAUCGAGAGUGGAAGAUGGUGGUCUCUUUUCUUGUGUUGCUUUUGAGAGCGACUCCAGUUUGCGACAUACAGCGAGGAUUGACGUUUAUGGACCACCGUAUAUAAGAACGUUGCCACCAAUAAAAGUACAGAGCGGAGAUGGAUUAAAACUAAGAUGUCCUUACUAUGGAUAUCCUAUCAGUAAAUUGGAAUGGGAAUACAAAGGCAAGAAAAUCGUUAGCACAUUAUUACCUCAACAUAGCAGAUACAAACGAACAUACAACAAUAAUGAUCAUAUUGUAAAGAAGAGACGGAGAAAACGACAAAUAUUAGAAACGAGCGAAGACGGGGUAUUGAAUAUACCUCGUAUUAUUAAAGAAGAGAAUGGAGAUAUGUAUACCUGUAUAGUUUAUAGUCCUUCUGGAGAAAUGGCUAGAAGAUCCUUCGAAAUCCAAGUAGUAGAAGCGCCUGAGUUAGACGAAUUACGAGUUGGUUCUGGACUCAAAGAAGGACAAAUUGUCCAAAUUACUUGCAACAUUAUAAGCGGAGAUCCGCCUAUUUUCUUCUCUUGGCUUAAGGAUGGUAUGAAAAUACCACCAAGUUUGAAGAUAACAGAGAGGAGUUCAGAGUUAUUCAGUGUGUUGAUAAUAAAGCGGGUGUCCCUUGAACAUUGUGGUCGGUACACUUGUAUAGCGACGAAUCACGUUGGAAAAGUCAAUCAGACAACUGAUUUGUAUAUAAAUGUCGCCCCAAAAUGGAUAGAAGAGCCUGCGAAUACAUCGCUAUUACUGGGUCAGCGUGGUGUCGUAUAUUGUAACGCGAAUGGCUACCCAGUACCACAAAUACAUUGGAUGAAGCGGGACGCUGCAUUAGGCAUCUGGCGGCCAGUAUUAGACCUGGCCGGUGGUGGGGUCAGCAGUGCUCCCAACGGCACAUUGCUCAUUGAAGUCGUGUCACUUGCUGAUGAAGGACUAUACGCUUGUCACGCUGAUAAUGGCGUGGGGGUUGCACUUGCUAGGAACCUGUGGAUUAGUGUUAAUAAACCUGUACAUUUCGAGUCGAUGGGAACAAAUCUUACAACUAAAGUGGGGAUGCCUCUCGAACUUAGCUGCAAACCUCUGGGCGACAGCCCUAUCAGAAUAAAGUGGACUUUAAAUGGCAACCCUAUCGAAUUUAUUUCAUCAAGAAUAACAAUAUCAGAAGGCACUACAAACAACGGUUUAAAAAGCACGAUAAAUAUUAAUUACGUGGAAAGCAGAGACGGGGGGCAGUACGAGUGUAGAGCUAGCAACCCGUACGGAGUCGCCACUUAUGCUGUUUAUGUUAAAAUUCUUGAGCCCCCCACCCCCCCUCUAGACCUCCAAGUGGACUCAGUGACAAGUUCCUCCGCGAAACUGUCAUGGCGCGAUACAAUUGUGACUCAUGUACAGUAUUAUAAUAUACAGUACACUAGUAAUCAAUAUGCUGUAUGGGAUGCUGCUAAGAGUAUUAAUAUUAGUAGACAAGACACAGACAUUCGUCAAAGCGUAGAACUACGGGACUUACAACCCGCAAGCGAGUAUCGCGUACGAGUCGCUUCGGGUAACAUGGUGGAUCUCAGCCCUUAUACUAUACCUGUACAUUUUACUACUUUACAAGAGGCUCCAUCAUCAAGUCCGCUAAGUAUACAAGUGCAACAAACAGACAAUCCGGGAGAAUUAUUAGUAUCCUGGCUACCUCCUAAUAGAGAUACACAUAAUGGAGCCCUACAGGGAUACCAUGUUAAAGCUGUGCCGAGGAUUGCUGGGGAUUCAGGCCCAAACGACACCCAAACAAAAAUGGUGAAGGUGGCCUCACGGAAUGGAAAACAGGAAACAGUAUUGAGUGGUCUUCUAAAGAAUACCAGAUAUGCUGUAUCCGUAAGUGCAUUCAAUUCAGCCGGUAACGGACCAUUUUCAUUGCCCCAAUACCAAACAACUAGAGAAGGAGCACCAGAAACCCCUCCUUCUAGUGUCGAAUGUCGUGGCGUUUCAUCGACAUCGAUACGCAUCGCGUGGCAGCCCAUCACUAGCCAGGGCGCAUCACUACUCGGAUAUACAGUACAUUAUAGUACUGAUGAUGGUCCCUGGCUUAACGUGACGUCACCACACACAGAGAUGUACUUACAGAAUUUGUUGAAAUACACAAAUUAUACAGUAAAAGUGGCUGGGUUCUCAAACUUUGGUAUGGGGCCUUUCUCGUAUGCUGUACUUUGUACCACUUUGCAAGAUGUACCAGGUCCACCAUCAGCAAUCAAAGUAGUGGUAUCAUCACCAACAUCGAUCAUUGUCAGCUGGAAGCGACCGGAUCAUCCCAAUGGAGAAAUUACGCAUUAUAAUGUAUAUGUGAAACCUGUAUCUAGUACAUCAGCCCCACAAACUCACCGAGUAGAAGCCCAAGAGUGGAAUCUACUACGACAACACAGUUUCACCAUAAACAACUUAGUGCAAAACUCACAAUACGAAGUGUUCGUGCGAGCAAUAACUAUCGCGGGGGAAGGGGCGCCUAGUGAUAGAGUGCAUGCUGAACUUAGUUCUAAAGUGGUAGCUGGAGUAUCAUCACUCGGCGGGUCCAUAUCAGUGGGAGUGGGUUCGUCUCUACUGCUCGCGUGCGCGUGUGUGGGCUCGCCCGCCGCGCGCACCGUGUGGUACCACAACCACAACAUCAUCACGCACCAUCCCAGGUUCACCAGGAACCAUGACGAUAGCCUGCUCAUUAAUAAUAUAGACCAAUCGCUCAGCGGCAAUUACACUUGCCUAGCCAAAAACCUCUACGGCUCUGAUUCCGUGUCUUACGAAGUGACAGUGUUGCCAACACCAGACCCGCCCAUAGUGCGUGUGACGUCACAUAAGAAUGCUUUGUACUUGCAGUGGGACAACCCGAAGAAAGUUAAUGGGAAACCGCAGAAGAUAAGUUAUAACGUAACAUGGAAAGAAGCGGGCGGCACUUGGCAAGUGUCAGACAGUUACAACGUAACAUGGAAAGAAGCGGGUGGCACUUGGCAAGUGUCAGACAGUGGGAUAUUGCGCGGGCUGCGCUGCGGCACGCAGUACGCGCUGCGCGUGACCGCCACCAACGCGGUCGGCACUUCGCAGCCCGCGUACGUGGAGGCCAGGACUUUGGGGGGAGUACCGAUAUCACCAACUACAACCGAAUGGUUCUGGAGUAAUUCGACACAUAUAUACAUACAACUUAGUGGAUGGGAUGAUAAUGGGUGUGAGAUCACGAGGUGGGAAGUGGACUAUCGAGAGUAUGGGAGUAAAGUGUGGAAACGGGCUGAGAAUAGAUUGCCACACCUAGAUUCCUGGAAUACCUACCCGCUAGUGAGCCAAAACAUAAUUCUCUCCGACCUGCAACCAGCGCGCUGGUACCAGGUUCGAGUCCUUGCGGAGAACUCCGCGGGAGUAUCCACGGCGAUGUAUAUGUAUGCUACUACUACUGAAUUGGGAGAAUCAAUCGGACCUCCUUCUGAAUUCAUGGAUUUGAAUAUGCUAGUGAUUAUAUGCAGUUCGAUUCUUCUAACCAUCUGUUUGUUCACGUGUUUGUAUAUAUUUAUUAAGAGGCAUAACCACGACAGACUUACCUCCUACCGCAAUUCUCUGACCACCGAGUGUAAAUCAGAGCCCGCUGCUAACACUCCGCCCAACGACACUAGAGUGUACAGCACACCUGUACAUCUAACUGCUGAUAAUAAACAUGAACUAUACGAAAUAAGUCCAUACGCACAAUUCGCGAUCGGUUUCCGAACGUUCGGGCACGUGGAUAAUCAAGAGAUUCCCGGGAGACAUCUCCCCGGGAACAGUAAGGCGAGAUAUGAUAGUGAAACCAGUUUUCAGAUGAGGUCUGAAUCCGAAGAUAGUGAUUGCGUGUCUCGAACGACUACUUUGAAAAGUGCGCCGAGAAAAGCCUGCAGAAUACCUCAUCACAGGUAGCUGAAAGGAAGGAAGGAAUCAAAAAAUUAGAUUAAUUUAUAAAUAAUAUAAUAAGACUUUUUAUUUCCAUGGGUUGUGUUUUUUUAUUGUAAAUAGUCAAAUACAUAAUUUAUUGUUAAAAUACAUUCUUUGACAAAUAGUUUUUUGCAAGU